CUACUGAAUACCCAGUCACUGGAAUGGUUCUACAAUAAUGUGAGAAGGCGUUUUAAAAGGUUUGGCAGUGCCAAAGUAUUAAAGAACCUCUACAGGAGGCAUGCGGCCGAGCAUGGAUCGCUAGCAGAGAUUACAGCCUCCAUUUCAGUUUUGCUGUGGUCUGUGAGCAGAGAAUGUCUUCUCCAUGAAGAGGAAAGCAGUUUAGAGCAAGGCCAAUGCCACAUUAACUAUGGAUGACCAUGACUGUGGAUGUUUGUCACCUCGGCAGACGCCUGUAACCUCUGAGGAACAAUAGCUCUCUGUGGAGGAGAGUUAAAGCAUUACAGUGACAAUGAAAUAUAAAGAGCUUUGGCCACAAAACUCACUGCACUGUGGUCAGGCUUCUGGAAAUUUGAUGCAGAGAAAAGCUAGGAGAUAAUCUGUUUGAGUUUAACAUCCGACUAAGAAAUGGAGCAAUAAGCUUAUAGCAUUAUAGGAUAGGUUUUUAAGCUGCAACAUCAGUCUUCAGAUUAUCUCAUAGAAAAAGCUAGAUUCAUAACAUUACUUUGAUCUGCUCUCCUCAGCAGAGUGUAGGUGUAAACACUGGCUUGAAUGUAAAGGGCAGGUGUUUUCAUAGAGUGGUAGCAGGUGACUUCAGAGGCAGAUUGACCUUCACUGGCUUGAGGGGAGCACUUUAAAUGGCUCUAUGUAAAACUGAUAUGACUGUAUGGCCAAUAUGUCAGUAUUUACCAAUCAAAUGAUUUGUCAUCCGACAGCUCUUUGAGACUAAGACGGUGUCUGUCAGAGAGAGAAAAUGGUUGACACAACUAUAAAAUCAUGUGUCAGAACUGGAAGUGCUGUUUAAUCUCUGUUUAUCACAGGAACAGUUUGUCAGAAACACUAACAACAACAGAAAUGUUUGAUGCAUAUGGUUGUACUUGUUUUUUUUCAUUUAAUAUUGAGCCAAGCUGUCUAUACCACUCUUGUCCUACCUUACCACUCUUGAGAAUAUUAUUUUAAUAAUGGAUAAAAGACUUUUAGGAAAAAUUAUAUAUAAAACUUAAACAUUUUAUUAUGUGGAUGUUCUUUUUUAUAAUAGGUUGAUGCCCACAGAAAUCGAGGCAUUAAGUAUUUCUUCAUGGCAUGUAACAUACACACGCUUUCUAAAGUUAUGCAUCCUCUGCAACUGAAAAUGGAAAGAUUAAAAAGCAUUGUAAAGUUUCCGAUUAAAUCAGCUGUAACAUUUUUUCUUUCUGAAAACAGAGGGCAGCACUUAUGAGGAGAGUGUCUGCAAUGAGAGUAGUAUGUAUGAGAGCGACUCCACGUUUUACAGGCAAAGUGAAGAGCACAGCAUGGCUGAGACUAUUAAUGUGGCACAGCGGGUGGCAGAAGAGGCCAUAGAUGAGGCCAUUGCUAAGGCUGAGAGCCAGACUGACAGUCAAGAACAGAAAGAAGCUCAGUAUUUGCGAGAGAACAGAGGAGACCUGAUAAAGGAAUUGACCACAACUAUAGUAGAAAAAAUUGUCCGCCGGAAAAGGGAUCAACAGUCUGAUGAGAACAGUGAUGAAAUCUCUCCUGAUCAAACCCAGAGUGCCUUUGAUGCUUCUCUCUGGAGGUCUCGCUCAGCUUUCUGUCUCAUGACUGAUGAGAAAACAGACCAGCAUGCUAACACUGGGUCAAGACCUUCAUCCUCUAUUAGUCAUACUCUGGAAACGAAGGAAGAAACGAUACCUGUCCAGGCAAUGCCUAGCUGGAGGAGUGUCGACCGACUGGACAAUUCCAUGUUACAGAGUCCUGAUGGUAACUGGAUUGCUUACCAGAGCAACCUGCUCUCUCGACCAGGCCUUUUAACUAAGCGCAAAAGUCUGGUCUACAGCGUCUUGGAAAGGGAGUCUGACGUGGUGUCAGCUUAUGAUGAGAUGGGCUCAGAAACAGAGCCUGAAGCUAAUGGGGUCUGGUGCACUGCACUGGAAGAGUUUCGGCGUAAAAUGUCUGCCAAUAAGCAGUUGGGUUACCCAGAGUCCUACAGCCGUCAAGCAACCUUGCCUUUGAAUGCACAAGCACAACACCUCACUGCACACACCGUGAAUGCUGAUGCUGAGAAUUCCUCAGGACAGGAAGGGCCCCUUCCCCUGUCCCAGAAAACUCUUCCUCCCUUCUUGAAGAGAAAAGUGCCACUAGAACACAGACGACCCUCAUCCGCCCGCCGCUCAGUCGUCAUGGAUAUCAAUUUCAAUCCAGGAGGUGCUGAAAGCAGCGAGGAUGGCCUAGAGGACAACAGUUUCAAAAGGUCACGGAGAAGGAGGAAAAAUAAGAGAGAGGAGGCAGAGUGGAAAGGACAGUCGGAUUCCAAUAGCCAACUCUUAGAUGAUCUGAUGAAGAGGCGUUAUGUGAAACAAGACACGCAUGGCACUUCAGACACUUCAGACACUGCGACCCCUGACAUCUUGAGCUCUGGAGCCGUGACCCCUGAUCCAUUUGGACUUGGUCUCAAUUCUCCCAGCAAUUACAAUCAUGGGGCCCUUGGUGUAGUUGGAUCUUUAGAUCAGGAGUUGACUUCCAAAUUGAAAGAGUUGACCAGUCAAGUCAGAGAAACGCAACUUUCCUCCACUGAGGAUGAACUGGACAGGUCGGAGUAUCAAAUGGGAGAUGCUCCAUUGAAGAUUGAGGCUGAUUCUAAAGAAAUAUCAGAUGAAAAUGAAUCCACAAAUCAAGUGAGAUCAACUGAGAUAUUGAAAGAUGACCUGACUUCCAUACUGAGAGAGUUGACCAGUCAGGUCAGCGAGACACUGCUUUCCUCUACUGAAGAUGAACUGGACAGGUCUGAGUAUCAAACUGAAACCAAAGGUAUAAAUCGGUCAAUAAGAACUGAGCUGCUGGUGGUACAUGACAGGACAGAUGGAUCCAAAAUGAGAAAAUAUAAUGAGAAAACCCAAAACCAUGCAGGGAAAUUAGAAGAAAAGAGAUCAGAGAAAAGGCAAAAGGACACUGUGGCAAAGCAGGACAUUAGUGAGCAAAAGAACACGGGUGAGACACAAAUGUCAGAAGAAAUUAGCUCUGUGAGCCAAAAACAGACACUUGCUGAGACAGAUACACAAAAUGAGAUUGCUAGAGAGAGAAUUGAAGAGACAAAGAACGAGCAAGAUGUUCAGACUGAAGAGAAAAAAGCUAAAAUAAAAGAUUGUGGCAAUGCAGUUGAAGGUCAGCAGAGCAGAGCUGAGAAUACAGAGACGGUUGAUCAAAUUGAUGAGCUGGGAGAGGUCUUAUCCAGUGAACUGGCUUUGAGUAGAUUGAUAAGUGAAGAUGGAAAGAUGGAAUUUGAUAGGAUAAUUAAUACUGCAGUGAAGGCUUUGGAUGAUAUGGAAGAACACAUAGAAGCUUAUACUUGUGAGGGGGUAUUUUUAGACAGAGAGAGAAGUGAGGGAGAGAAACAGGAGAUGAUGGAAGACGAGAAUGUAAGUGUACAGAAAAUGGAUCACAAGACAAUAUCAGAGGUAUGCUUUGUUGGUGGAAAAUUGAAGGAGGUGCAGGAAAAAAAAAUGAAGGAAGCGGGCAAGAUCAAUGAAGUUGUGACACUAAAGAGCAACACUGAAGAUAAAGAGACAGAAGACAAACAAUGCAGCAAAUCAUCAGAACAGAAAAUUCAAGAGAAGGACAGCAACAGUCGAGGUCACUUGACUGAAAAAAGGGAGGAACAGAGGGACCUCACAACUCAGCACAGCGCCCCAUAUGGUCAGGAGGAGUAUCUGUCACCGGAGGAGAUCUACAAGGAUGCACACAUGCUGGACAUAGAGAAAAACCUACAUUUAAUCUCCAAUAUACUGCAACAGAAGUACUCAGCCACAUCACUGCGCAGCAUCACCACAGAAGUGCUAAAAGUACUGAAUGCUACAGAGGAUCUGAUUCACGGAUCUGUGGGAGAUGGACAAUGCCAGUCAGACCACAGUGACGUCUCGGUAAUUCCCCCUGCCGAGGCCAGAAGACUGGAUGAGCAGCUCAGCGGACUUGAGGAGAAUGUGUAUGUGGCGGCAGGUACAGUGUACGGGCUUGAGGCUGAACUGGGGGAUCUGGAGGAGUGUGCGCGCAGCAUCAGUGGAUCUACCACUGAAAGACAGCUGUCACAUCUGGAGGACCAGGUGGCUUCUGCAGCAGCCCAGGUGCAGCAGUCUGAGCUCCAGGUUUCAGACAUUUCCUCAAGAAUUGCUGCUCUGAAAAAUGCAGGUCUUAAUGUAACUCCACAGACCCAACUUAACAAGGUCAAGACUACAAAACCUAAGACACAAACUAUUAGCUCAUCUCGGAAACUGAGGAGGCGACUGCCAGCACCUCCAAAACAAGAUAAAGAAGCAUAAUGAGGAAAGUGGGAAACAUCAGCAAAAAUCAUCACAAAGUUAAAUCACUACAAACUUAAAAAAGCCACUGAUCACAUGUGCCUUGAAGCUCAUGGCUCAUAGAUAAUAUUUUAUGGCCUCAAGCUCUGGCUGAAAGAAAUAGACUGAUUUAUCGCUCAAGCAGUGAUGCCAUUUUACACAAACAAAUAACUCUAGGAUAUGAUUGCUUUAUUACCUCAAUCCUCUCAUAAAAAUAAUCAUGUAAAAUAAAUAAUAUAAAAUUAUACAGUGAUGUGGAGCUUUGUUUUGGCAUAUUUUACCAUUACUGUGAAUCAAGCUCAUCAUUCAAUUAAGUCUUCAAAAAAAAAAAAAAAAAAAAAAAAAAAUUUU